UGACCCGUCCCACCCUCGCGCACCCUUUGUCCCCUUGCACUCCGCAUCCCGCCUGAAUCCCCAAGCCCACACGGGCACACGCCAAUCACCGGAGUGGGUGCUCGCUCUCAGUCCCGUCUCGCGCCGCCCACACCAAAGUAGGAGUAUGCAGCUAGGUUCCGCCUCUCCCCGUCGCAAUGGCCCAGCCAUGUGAGUCUCCUAUAGGAGCCUCCAUCUCUGAACUCAGCACCGGCAGCGCCAUGGCCGCUUCUUGGUCCUAGCAGAGGUGGGGAUGUCCAUUCCUGAUCUGUUGCUUUAAUGCAUCGCCAUCACUUUCCAGAUCCAAUCCACCUCCUUCCUCCUCCCCGCCGUCUUUAUAAAUCUCCCGCUGCCGCAUUCACUGGCCACCGGAGUUAGUGCCCCCAUGUCCUGACGCGGAUGCGGCCGGAGCACACCACAUGCGGAUGUGCUGUGGUGUUGCCUUGCCGCCUCAUAUGAUUCCGAUCAGGAGUUGGAGGGUGCGCUGCCACACCGCUGAAUGCUUGGAGAAGGUGGAGAGCUCGGUGUUGACCUGCCUGUUCGAUUCUACACUUCUGUGUUUCUGAUCAUCUGCUCCUGCCCGGUUCUUGUCUGCUGAAUCUGUCUCCCUAAGCAUGGUCGGGCAAGCGGCAAAGGCAAAUGAGUCAGGGAAAGACGACAGACAAGAACCCGGAGCUGAGGUGAUGAAAGAGAAGCUACUGCCAUCUCACCAGCAGGAAGAGUCUCCAGCUUCUGUGAUGGAUAAGGAUUCUUCAGUUCCUGGUGAUGUGUCGCCGGUCCUAGAUGGGGAUUCUGGGGAGUUGAAAGUGGAGGAGAACAUGGAUAGCAAUGGGAAUAAGGAAAAGAAAACAUCUCAGAAGAGCAGUACAAGUGACGGCUUCGCUUCUGCUAAAGUGAGUGAUGGGACAAGCAGUUUGAGGAAGACCAGUGGUAGUGCGACGAUGAGUACACGGGCUGAUUUCACUGAGAGUGGGAAGAGUAGCAUGUGCCGUGUGAGCACUGGCAGUGACAUUAGUGACGAGAGCUCCUGUAGCAGCAUGAGCAGCACCACUACGAAACCGCACAAGGGGAAUGAUUCAAGGUGGGAGGCGAUCCAUGUGGUGAAGUCCAGGGAUAACGUUCUUGGUUUGAAUCAUUUUAGGCUGCUUAAGAAGCUGGGUUCUGGUGAUAUUGGCAGUGUGUAUCUCUCUGAAUUGAGUGGUACACGGAGUUACUUUGCAAUGAAGGUCAUGGAUAAGACUUCUUUGGCAAGUCGGAAGAAGCUGCUUCGAGCUCAGACUGAGCGGGAGAUCCUGCAGUCCCUGGAUCAUCCAUUUCUACCAACCCUAUAUACUCACUUCGAGACGGAUAAGUUUUCAUGCUUGGUUAUGGAGUUCUGCCCUGGAGGGGAUCUUCACACUCUUCGCCAAAGGCAACCUGGAAAAUAUUUUUCGGAACAAGCAGCAAAGUUCUAUGUAGCAGAGGUGCUCCUUGCAUUGGAAUACCUGCAUAUGCUUGGGAUUAUAUACCGUGACCUUAAACCAGAAAAUGUCCUUGUUCGGGAAGAUGGCCACAUCAUUCUGUCCGACUUUGAUCUUUCACUUCGCUGUUCAGUAAGCCCAACGGUGGUCAAAUCUGCCAAUCCGGGCCUAGAUGCACUGCAGAGGAACAAUGCAGCAUACUGUGCCCAGCCUGCUUGCAUUGAACCAUCCUGCAUUCAGCCCUCGUGUGUUGCUCCAACCACUUGCUUUGGCCCCCGAUUCUUCAAGUCGAAAUCCAAGUCCAAGUCCAAGUCCAAGAAGAAGUCAAAGCCUGAUGCUCCAAACCAAGAGAACCUAUUUCCGGAGCUUAUUGCUGAGCCUACCGACGCCCGCUCCAUGUCCUUUGUUGGCACCCAUGAGUACUUGGCCCCAGAAAUAAUAAAAGGGGAGGGCCAUGGAAGCGCGGUGGAUUGGUGGACCUUUGGUAUAUUCUUGUAUGAGCUGCUGUUCGGCAAGACCCCUUUCAAGGGUUCAGGCAACCGGGCAACGCUCUUCAAUGUCGUUGGCCAGCCCUUGAGGUUCCCAGAGUCGCCGAUAGUGAGUUUCUCUGCGAGGGACAUGAUAAGGGGAUUGCUGGUCAAGGACCCACAGCACCGGCUUGGAUAUAAGCGAGGUGCUACUGAGAUAAAGCAGCAUCCUUUCUUCGAGGGCGUGAACUGGGCACUCAUUAGAUGUGCGAGCCCUCCAGACAUUCCAAAGCCUGUAGAGCUUGACUGCCGCCCGAAGCAAGUGCCAUCGACAAAUGGAAAGGUUGCACCAGUCACCAACCAAAAGGGGCCAGAUAAUUACCUAGAGUUUGAAUUCUUCUAGUUUUUUUUUCCUUUUUGUGAUAUCUGAACUGAAAGAGUGCAUCUGGGCUGAUUGUAGAAGAAAGUGAAAGAUGAGGAGCUACUCUAGGCAUAUGCUUGGCUGGAAUUUUUCUGCUGUUAGACUGUAUGCUCACUCCAGGAGCCCCCCCAAGUUGUUUUACUUGUUGAACUGCUUGACUCUAGGAUGUACUGGAUUCAUCAUGUAUGUUGCAAUUUUCGAAACCACCUAUUGGUAUCGAGCUGUCGAUGUAAUUGUUGCUGUACUCUGUAAUUGAUGUUUCCUCCUGGGACAUGUCUUGCUCUACCAAAUGCUGAUAUCUGAACCUGGAAUUGCAAUGCAACUUAUGU